GGUUUGAGCGAAAAACAUGAAGGGUUUGAUUUGACAGAGUAAGACAAAAUGAGGAAGAGGGUUCGUUCCUCUCCAUUUUCAACCAUUCCCCCAACUUCCAUUUCUUCGUAUCCAUUAAUUUGUUCAUUCCAUUUUUCUUCGCCCCUUUUUCCUCUUCUUCCUCUCUGUAUUUAUUUUUGGGUUCUUAAUCUGCUUAUUUGGAGCUGGAUCUGCUACCCAGCCCUCACACCCCCCGCCCCCACGGACCCCUCUUCUCAUCCUCUUCUCUUCUGGGUCUUCCUUCUUUCCCCUUCUCCCUCGAUUCCCUUUUUCUGUUCUUUUCUUUGCUCUUCUGGGGUCUCAUCAUCUCUGGGGGUCAGCGGAUUUCUUGCUUUCUAAUCGCUCUUCUUUCUAAUCAUCUCUGGGUUGUGAUUCUGGUGUCUUGAGGGAAUGUGGAGGGACGCUGGAGCUCCUGCUGAUUCUUUCUAUGAGGUUCGCCCUGAGUGCACCGAUGUUCCCAAAACCCGCUUCAAGAUCAGGGCUGGGAAGACCUUGAGUGUUAGAAAAUGGCAAGGAGCAUUCAAUCCCGAAGGCCAACUGGACAUUGCGAAGACUCUAAAUCGCAUUCAUCGUGGGGGGAUCCAUCCUUCAAUCAGAGGAGAAGUGUGGGAGUUUCUUCUUGGUUGUUAUGAUCCUACCAGCACCUAUGAGGAAAGAGAAGAGAUUCGCCAGCGUCGAAGGAUACAGUAUGCCACGUUUAAGGAAGACUGUCGACAGAUGUUUCCUGUCGUUGGAAGUGGUAGAUACAUCACAGCUCCUGUAAUCACAGAGGAUGGUACGCCUAUUCAUGAUCCGCUUGUACUUUUGGAAACAAAUCCAGGGAGUGGUCCGCUUAUACCCCAAGAUACUGCCGUUGCUGUUGCCAAUGCUGUUUCCGAUGCUGUUACCGAUGCUGUUUCCGAUGCUGUUUCCGACGCUGUUUCCGAUGCUGAUGCUGUUGCCAAUCCUGAUGCUGUUGCUGUUGCCAAUCCUGAUGCUGUUGCCAACGCUGAUGCCGAUGCCAAUGCUAUUGCCGAUGCUGUUGCUGCUGUUGCCGAUGCUGUUGCUGCUGUUGCCGAUGCUGUUGCCAAUGCUGAUGCUGAUGCUGAUGCUGAUGCUGAUGCUGAUGCUGAUGCUGAUGCCGAUGCUGACGCUGAUGCUGAAGCUGAUGCCGAUGCUGACGCUGAUGCUGAAGCUGAUGCUGAUGCUGAUGCUGUUGUCGAUGAGGUUGCCGAUGCCGAUGCUGUUGCCGAUGCCGAUGCUGUUGCCGAUACUGAUGUUGUUGCUGUUGCUGAUGCCGUUGCCGAUGCUGUUGCUGUUGCCGAUGCCGAUGCCGAUGCUGUUGCCGAGGCCGAUGCCGAUGUCGAUGCCGAUGCCGAUGCCGAUGCCAAUGCCGAUGCUGUUGCUGAGGCUGAUGCCGAUGCCGAUGCCGAUGCCAAUGCCAAUGCCAAUGCUGAUGCCAAUGCUGAUGCCGAUGCCAAUGCCAAUGCCAAUGCUGAUGCUGAUCCGAAUGUUCCACAAUCAAAUUCACAAUCAAAUUCUUCUAAUAGUAUGGAUCCUGUGACCGAUCCAAAAAUAAUUCAGUGGAUGCUUACUUUACAUCAGAUAGGUCUUGAUGUGGUUCGGACUGACAGAACAUUGGUGUUCUAUGAAAAGCAAGAAAACUUGUCGAAACUUUGGGAUAUUCUUGCUGUUUAUGCUUGGAUCGAUAAAGAUGUUGGCUACUGUCAAGGAAUGAGUGAUCUUUGUUCCCCCAUGAUAAUGCUUCUCGAGGAUGAAGGCGAUGCGUUUUGGUGCUUUGAACGUUUGAUGCGCAGAUUGCGAGGGAACUUCCGAUGCACGGAUAGCUCUGUUGGUGUGGAGACUCAACUCAGUAAUCUGGCUGCUAUCACGCAAGUGAUUGAUCCAAAGCUUCAUCAACACUUGGAGACACUUGGUGGUGGAGAUUAUCUUUUCGCUUUCAGGAUGCUUAUGGUUUUGUUUCGUCGAGAGUUUUCGUUUUGCGAUUCUUUGUAUCUCUGGGAGAUGAUGUGGGCACUGGAAUAUGAUCCUGAUCAGUUCACAGUGUAUGAAGAACCUGAUGUAUGCAGUGAUAAAGGCGAUGGAUCGAAAGGAAAAGCAAAAGCGAUACGUCAAUGCGGGAAAUAUGAGAGGGAGAACUUGAAAGCAAAGAACUCGCAAGCUCCUCUUCCAAUCUCUGUUUUCCUUGUUGCUAGUGUGUUGAAAGAUAAGAGCACAAAGCUGCUUACAGAAGCUCGGGGUCUCGACGAUGUUGUGAAGAUAUUGAACGACAUGACUGGAAAUCUGGAUGCCAAGAAAGCAUGCACUGGAGCAAUGAAGCUUCACAAGAAAUAUCUAAAGAAGGCCAAGAAGCCAUAGCCAUAGAGAAAGCUGAAGCUAUGUCUUCUCCGAUGAUCGAGUUGAUCGGGGCAAGAGAUUAUCGUAUACUUGUGGCACGAACAGGUGGGCGGAAUUAAGUGGAAGUAUCCGAGUUUUCUGACCAGCUCUAUACAUUCCCACAUUUCAAAUUUGUUGUAUGUAAUUCAUUUUCUUCUAUGAUUCUUUGUAACAAAUUGAUGGAUACGGACGUAAAUAUCAUUUGUAUACGGGAAAUAUUCCCACACCAAUUCAUGAAUUUAUUAUUUAUUUUUUAAAUCUUU